AUGCAGGAAACAGCUGAGCACAAGGCUGUCAUGGAGGGUGAGAUUGAGGUUGCCCACAGUGAGGGCCGCGACCUUCCAACAAAGGGAUAUGAAGAUCCUCACAAAGCUGCGCUCGAGGAUAAUCCUGAGCACGCUGAGAAGCUCAGUCUCUCUGUCAUUCUUUCAGCUCUUUUCUUGGGAACCUCUUUCACAGGACCUAUCAUCUUCGGCUUCAUUCUCGCUACCCCUAUCUUGGUACAAUUGAGUCAGAAACUGGGCGGUGACACCAUCGACUUUUGGAUACCUUCCGGCUGGGGUGCAGCCGCUGCUGUUGGCUUUUCGGUUGCAGGAAGACUGUCAGAUAUCUUCGGUCGUCGAUAUGUUAUUCUUGUUGGACAGCUUCUCACAGUCAUUGGUGGCGCUGUUGCGUGCAGCGCACAGACUAUGAAUCAACUCAUUGCCGGCGAAGUCAUCCUCGGAGGUUCCAUUGGAACAGUCUCGGUCGCCUACGCAGGUAUCUCUGAAAUCCUGCCCAACAAAUACCGUGGUGUUGGCCUCGCCUGGACAGAACUCAACCUUGCAAGUUGGGCCAUCGCGGGUACGCUUCUUGCCAAUGCUCUUCUUUCCCACGCCAGCUGGCGGGUGAUGUUCUACAUUGCCAUGGGAUACGGAGGUUUCUCACUCGUUGGAACAUUCGUUGUGUAUUUUCCGCCCAGUCACCCACGUCCUGAUGGCUUGACCAAGUGGCAAGAAUUCAAGCAGCUCGACUUCAUCGGCACCGCCCUUUUUGUCUCUGGCCUUGCUGUCUUCCUGUACGGCUUGAACUCCGGUGGAAACACUUAUCCUUGGUCUGCUGCGGGGACUCUGGCUCCUUUGAUCCUCGGACUGUUCGUGUUUCUGGGAUCUUUCGUGUACGACUUCACCCUCGCCAAGGAUCCUCUGUUCCCGUGGUACUUGUUCAAGAGCUUCCGGUCAUUCUCGUCACUGCUCAUGCUCGUCUUCGUGGCGGGCAUGGUGUUCUUUGCGGCCUCUGCGCUCAACGCCCAAACAAUCCUCUUCCUCUAUACUGCCGAUCCAAUCAAGAUUGGUGUAUACUCUAUCCCUUCUGGUGCCGGUCAGCUCGUCGGAGGCGUCAUUAUUCCCGGCCUUGUACACUAUAUCAAGCACGUUCAUAUCCAACUCACCUUUUCCGUCUUCAUGCAGACCCUGUUUUUCGGACUGGCCGCACUCAUCACUCCCCACAACAUCAACUGGGUCAUGGCGGUGCAAUUCCUCGCCAUGCUUCCAUUCGGAUGGAUCACGCUAAACUGCUAUACAACGGCCUCGCUCCACGUGCCCCAACGUGACCUGGGAGUCGCUAUCGGGCUGAUUGGCACCUUCCGGUCUCUCGGUGGAGCGGUUGGUUCCGUCAUCUUCUCAUCCAUUUUCAAUCAGAUCUCGGCCAAGCAAGUCCCCAGCCGUAUCUCGGAGGUUGCUCUGGCAGCGAAUGUGUCGGCCAAGACUCUCCCAGCCUUGAUCGAAGCAGUCUCGCUGACGCUGGUUGGCGUGCCUGACCAGGCCGCAACUGUACCUAGCGUGUCGGCAACGGUGUUCUCCAAGUGUGUAGAGGCAGCCCGGCUUGGAUAUGCGUAUGGGUUCCGCAUCACUUGGCUGUCGUCAAUUCCUUUUGGUGUUGUCGCCAUGCUUUGCGCAGUGGCCGUUUAUGACCCUUCAAAGUAUUUCACCAACCAUGUCGAGGUUCACCUCGAGAAGGAGAUUGGUGGCCGACAUGCCAACCAGACGAAGGAGGUCGAAAAUUAA